AUGGAUAAGAGUUGGAUGAGUAAGUCAAGAUUAAGUCAAGAAUAUUUAGAUGGAGUGGAAGGAUUUCUUAAUUUCGCAUUUAAUAACGCAAGUGAAGACAAUAUGAUUCUCUGUCCUUGUGUAAAAUGUGCGAAUGUUAAAUGGAAAACUCGUGAAGUAGUUCUUGAGCAUUUAAUAUGUGACGGAAUUCUUCAAGGGUACGAUUAUUGGUUCUUUCAUGGAGAAUGUGUUCCUUCUUCCUCUAAUUCGGUUGGUGCAUUUACAACUUCUUCAAGCUCUACAUAUCUUAAUCAAGGUGUUAAUAGUACGCCAAAUGCCAUGGGGGAGUUGUUAUGUGACGCUUUCAACAUGCAUGAAGUUGUUCAUGAUGAUGUUCAGUGUAAUACAUCCGAAUUCAAUAAUUUGCAUGAUGAAGGUGAAACCCACGACGGGGUAAGUUAUGAACAGCCUCCUCUAGACGCAGCUAAAUUUUACAAGCUACUAGAAGAUAUGAAUGAAAAACUUUAUGAUGGAUCCAAGCAUUCGAGGUUAUAUUUUUGUAUUCGUUUGUUCCAUCUAAAAUGUAUGUGUGGGAUGACUGGGAAAGGGCUUGAUUACUUGAUCGAAUUUUUGAAAGAAUUUUUUCCAGCAGCUACUAUUCCUACAAAUAGUCAUGAGUCUAAGAAAGUCAUUAAAGAUUUAGGCCUUGGGUAUGAAAAAAUUCAUGCUUGCCCUAAUGAUUGCAUGCUCUAUUGUGCUGAUAGAGAAGCCCAAGAAGCAUGUCAUGUGUGUGGUAGUUCUCGUUGGUUGUCAACUGAUUCCAGUCAAUCUAUCGAUGAUGAUAUUGAGGUUGUUCGUAAGAGGCCAGCAAAAGUUUUACGAUAUUUCCCCCUCAUUCCAAGGUUGCAGAGGAUAUUCAUGUCGUCAAGGACUGCUAAUGAUAUGACUUGGCAUGCUGAUGGUCGUAGAAAUGAUGGUCGUUUGAGACACCCUGCUGAUGCUGAGGCAUGGAAAGCGUUUGAUGCAAGAUUCCCAGAUUUCGCAUCUGAUCCGCGCAAUAUUAGGCUGGGCUUAUCAUCUGAUGGGUUUAACCCAUUCAAAGUACUAAGUACUUCUUACAGUACUUGGCCGGUGGUGUUGAUUCCUUACAAUUCGCCACCGGGGGUUGGGAUGAAACAAUCUUCCUUUCUACUAUCUAUGAUUAUACCAGGAGAUAAAGGUCCGGGAAAUGACAUCGAUAUCUACUUACAACCUCUGAUGAAAGAGUUGAAACAAUUAUGGGUUGGUGUUCAGACAUAUGAUGCAUCAAUAAGAAAGAAUUUUCAGUUACGGGCUGCUUUAUUGUGGACUAUCAAUGAUUUCCCUGCUUAUGCAAAUUUAUCCGGAUGGAGCACUAAAGGGAAAUUUGCUUGCCCUUGUUGUGCUGCUCAAACUUCUUCAAGAUGGCUAUCUAAUGGGCAAAAGUUCUGCUACAUGGGACAUCGACGGUGGUUAGAUCAUGAACAUCCAUAUAGGUUCCAAAAACACCUAUUUGAUGGUACUGUGGAGCUACGUGGAGCUCCUUCAUCUACUACUGGAUCUGAAAUCUUAUCAAUGUUAAAUGAUGCACACUACACUUAUGGAAAAAGAAUGAAACAAAGCUUAAAAAAAUCAAAGAGUGAUAGUGACUCAAGGAAAAGACAUAGGCAAGUGUCCAAUGUUGAAGUCGAUAGCGACAUGGAAGAGAUAGAGGAGGAAUCACAUGAAGCAGAAUUGUGGAAGAAGAGAAGCAUAUUUUUUGACUUACCUUAUUGGGAGCAUAACCUACUUAGACAUAACCUUGAUGUGAUGCACAUCGAGAAGAAUGUUUCCGAAAAUAUUAUUGCAACACUCCUCAAUGUUGAAGGGAAGUCAAAGGAUAACUUAAAGUCCGGACUAGAUUUGGUAGAUAUGGGAAUUCGUCGUGAGCUUCAUCCUGAGUAUCUUCCCAAUGGAAGGACAAGAUUGCCACCUGCUUCAUUUUUCAAUGACAACAAAAGAGAAGGAUAUGUUUUGCCAAUUCUUGAAAAACAUUAA